AUGCUAAGAACGCUGUUUACAGGAAGAAUCUCGGCGCUUGCAACAAAGUCAUCAUCACAACCAUUAUCCAGUAUGCUAAUGGGUUUAUCGCUUAAUAAAACAGCCUUGAAUCCAGUAAUGCAACUAUCUCAACACAAUACAUUUAGUACAUCAGGCGUCUUUAAUGCUACUGUCAAUCAAAUUAAGAGAGGCUCGGGUCCACCGAGACGUAAGAAGAUUUGUGUGUCUCCGGAUUUAGAAAGAUCACCAUUUAAGAAAGGUGUCGUCCUUAGAGUAAUGGUAUUAAAACCAAAGAAACCAAAUUCAGCACAACGGAAAGCAUGUAGAGUUAGACUCUCUAAUGGUAGAAUUGUAUCUGCUUAUAUUCCUGGUGAAGGACAUAACGCACAAGAGCAUAGCAUCGUGUAUGUAAGAGGUGGAAGAUGUCAAGAUUUACCUGGUGUGAAAUACCAUCUCGUAAGAGGUGCUGGAGAUUUGAGUGGUGUUGUAAACAGAAUAUCGUCAAGAUCAAAGUAUGGUGUGAAGAAACCAACCUCAGAGCAAUAG